AUGUACGGAACUCUGCUUUCUUCUAUUCUUCUUUUAAUCGUCGGAAGCUUAUCCGCACCUUGGAUUAUAGCUGCCUCAAAUACCGUUGGACGCCUGGAAGUAGCGAUACACCAAUUUGAAAAUAAUUUAAAUUAUCGUUUUCGAAGUGAUUGCUGCGUGAAAACCACGGAAGGAUGUGAUUCGCAAUGUGAUCUCGUGUUCAGACUGUGCUUUCGGCCAUAUGAUUCCGAAGAAAAUGGAGAGAAAGUGGGUGGCAAAGAAACUACCUGUGAAAUUGGAUCAAUAAAUGUAACUCGAAAGGACAUGAAUCGGAAGGAUCCAAAGCACCCAUUUUUGAGAAAAUCUAUUAACAUCAUCGAUAAGUGGCCGCUACUUUAUACACUGAUUAUAUCAGUCUUUGAUGCGAAACCUGACAAAUUGGGAACAUCCAGAUAUUUGGUUGACAGAACAUUACAUCGUGGAAUCCUGGUUCCCACGAAACCCUCAUCAUCUUGGCAACCCACAGUAGUUGAAUCCACUUCUUCGACUUAUCGCUUGGGUUUACGACUCACCUGCUCACCUGAUUAUUUUGGACAGUAUUGUGCAGUCUAUUGCAGGCCCACGCCCGGACAAUUCGCCUGUGAUAAGCACGGAAAUCGAGUCUGUGAAAAAGGCUGGAGUGGCGAAAACUGUGACAAACCAAUGUGUCGAAAAGGAUGCCAUUCGACACACGGACAUUGUGAGAAACCAGGCGACUGCGUCUGCGCAAACGGAUGGAGAGGAGAGCUCUGUGAUGAAUGCAUCACUUAUCCCGGUUGUCAACAUGGCACUUGCGAUGAUGCACCCUUCACUUGUCACUGUCUUCCCAACUGGGGCGGAGCCUUCUGCGAUCAAGGUACUUGUCAAUCAAAAAUUGUAUUAGAACAAUUACCUUCUCUUUGA